GACCUGUCCCAAAGCGCUGCCACUAACAUGCGAUGGCCACUGUGUCAAUUGUGUCUGUGGCCACUUUGGAAUGACCUUCAUUGUCGUUCCGGUAAUUGCUCUUCCAAUUACCUUUUCCUUUCUCAUGUGAACGUAUAGGUAUAACUUUGCAAGGGUUGAACUGUUGUAAAUAGGUCGUAAGCAGCCACCGGCAAUAUGUCUUUGUUUUGGUCAUGGUUACCCCUGGUAACAGUUUCGUUAGUCCUUAUGCAAGUUUGGUAUUUUCGCCAAAUCAUAUCCAGUAUUGAUCUAACUUUUCGUGAAAACGGUACUCGUAUAGUUUGAAUAAAAUUCGUGAAAAAAUAUAAAAAAUUUAAUAAAAGUUAAGAAAAAAAUGCCUCUAUUAACUCCCCAUGUCCCCAAAGGACUCAUAGAACUUAUGAAAGACCUUGCCAAAGAGGUCCUUCGAGAUAAGCCGGAAAACAUCUAUGAAUUUGCUAUAGUUCACUUCGAGAAACUAAUUCUCGAACGUGAUGGCCGAUUGGAUAAAGGUUAUGAAGAAUUUACAGCGUUCGAGAAUUUCUUUGAUGGACAACAACGUUUUGCUGUACCGUCAAAUUGCGGUUACAUAUGCCAGAAGCCAAUCAAAAUCCAAGCCAUUCCUCAGCCGAGAAAAUCAAAGGCCGAUAUAAUGGCAAGCUUCCAGGCAAUGGAAUCGAUUAAUGAGGAGGAUGUCCUGGCACCAGCGCCAGAAGCCGAGAACCCUUAUGCCGAUGAGAAGUACCAAAAUGCGAUCUAUGUCAUUCAACGGUACUUCCGAAGGUAUGUGGCUAGAAAGAAAGAAAAUGAGGGUAACCCUAACCAGACUCAGGUCGAGGAGUCCCAGACCCUUUCAGCAUUCACUGCGGCCAUAAUUAUCCAAAGGACAAUGCGAAGACUUUUUUCAAAUAAAAUAAAACUUAAGAAGGAUAAGGACUUGGGCACUGCUUUAGCAGCGGCGACUACAGCCGCCGCAGUCGCCGCUGCUGCCACCGUCAAACUUGUCCAGGACGAUGUGGAUAAUGUAUCGGAGGCGGCAUCUUACACAUCAUCGUCUACAAUACAAAUGCUGGCCGACGGCCAAGAAGGAAGGGAAAAUCGAUUGGCAUCGGCACAAAGUCGACGACAACGUGAGGAGGUUUCAGAUGGCGAUGGCGAUGAAGAUGGUGAGAAUGGUGUUGGUGUCGAUGUUGUUGGCGCCGUUGCUGACUUUAGUUCGAUUGAGUUCAAAGAACCAACGCAGGACGUUGAAGAACUAGAACCACCAUCGUCGUCAUCAGUAGAACCAGCUGAAGCAGCAGCAACGUUGGCGGUGGUAGCUGCUGACGAUGAAGAUGAUGAGAAGGAACAUUCGCACUCGUCCGUGGCAAUGGCAACGGAAGCAGAUAGAAAAUCAAUAGCUGAUGAGAAUGGAAACACAACAGUCAUUCCUGAAGAAACAACAAAUCCUGCAUCAGCAUCAACUACUGAUGAUACUAGUACUGCACAUAAUAUUGGCAUAUUAUCAACCAAAAUUGGCAGCAAUUACAACCACCAAAAUUUAACCAACACAAAAACUCACAAUGAGAUUGAUACAAAUACAAGUAGAACGAGUCAACCACCGCCCACCACAACCCAAAUUUACAAUACAAAACAGCAACUAUUGCACCAAAUAAUUCCAGCUGGCUUAAGUGUGCCCUUGAAUUCACCACAAUUUUCAUCGUCAAUGACGACGUCGUCGUCGUCGUCAUUGCUUGGAGCAACUCCAACCAAAUCACCUCAUUUGGAAGAAACUCAAGAAACUUUAACGGUCCAUCGCUUUCACGAUUAUGGAAAUGGCAAUGCAAAUGAAAAUGAAAAUCCCAAUGGCAAGACCAAUGAUGCAUCAUUGCCACCGCCUUAUUUUCAGGGUGAUGGCCGAAUUAGAAAAUUCGAUUCUGACACUGGUGGAGAGUCCUUGAAAAUCUACGAUGUAUUCUAUCAUCAGGACACCUCCAUCAAUGACCAGGAAUUUUCAGAUAGCUUAAAUGAAAGCACAAUGGAAAAGGACUCACUUGAACCUGAAGAAUUGGAUGCUGAUUCAUUGGAGUCAAAUGAGAAUGUGAUGCAUCAUCAUAUGAGUGAAAUUGUUAAAAGGGAUGCUAAACAGGAUGAUGGUAGUUUGUAUGGAGAUAAGAAUGAUGAUGAGGAAAAGGAGCAGGAGGAAGAUGAUAAUGAUAAUGACAAUGCACAAAGUAUGCAGAAGUUUAUUGAAAUUGAGAGAGUUCCAACUUAUUUGUAUGGAAUUCAUCCAGCACGCACACCUGUAGUUGAGAGGAGAAAUAAAAGUAGGAAUUGUGAAGAGGCUCAAAGUAAAGUACCUGAUGAUGAAAAGAAGUAUUUAGAAGUGACAGUGGAUAGUAAAACUCCAGAUGAGAAAUCAGAAGAGAAUUCAUUGGAAUCGAAAGGUAGCACUUCGGAGGAGUCAAGUGUGACACAAAUUGAAAAUAAUUUACAACACCAGCAGAGUGAGAUAGAAAAUAAAGGAAGCAAAUUGAAUGAAGUGUCUGAUAAUGAUGGAAAAGUACCAACAAAAAGUCCUGAAAGUCAAGAGAAGCUGUUGAAUAUUGAGCAGAAGGCAAGUUCUUUAAUACCAGAAGAAGCUUUGCUACGUGAAAACGAAAUAAAUUUAGAAAAGUCAAACGAAAUGGUGAAUCACAAGGUAGAAGAGAGUGGUCAAAAUGCACUGGAAAUGUCAAGCAGUCAAGCAUUCGAUGGGACAGUAACUUCCUGUGAAGAUGUAAAUCAGCAAAAUGAGACAAAUUUGUCAUUAAAUAAUGGACCAUCAAGUUCCAAUUCACAUAUAAAAAGUAACAGUGAAACUACUAGGCUCGAAAAUGAAACAAUUUUGGAAGUAGGAACAAAAAGCUUUGAAGCAGAGUCAGCAAAUGCCAAACAAGAGGCAAAUGAAUCAGAAAAAACUUUGAACAGCUGUGACAAUAUGAAAGAAAACGAUCUAGUACCUUCAGUUAAAUCAAAUUCUGAAAAACUUAUCGAUUCUGAAAGAGAAACCUUGCCUAAGAACACUGAAGAAUCAAAUUUUCAUCAAGAAAAUCAUUUAAAGCUGGUUUCUUUGGAUUCCAAUCAGUCUGAAUGUGAUGUUGAAGAUUCUAAAGAUGAAGUUGAGAAAUUUAUAUGUAAUGAGAGUAUUUCACCGAACUCUAAAUCGAGUGAAGAUCAACCGAAGAUACAAACUCAUAUUGAAAAAAUUUCUACCCAAUUAACUGAUGAUGAAAGUGCAAGAAUGAAGCCUGCUAGUCAAUCUGAAGCUUUGAAAAAUGAGGAAGAUUGUAUUGAAGAUCAAACGAAGAUCCACACUCACACUGAAAAUAAUCCUAUACAUUUGUCUAAUGAUGAUAGUGAAAUGAUGAAGACUUCGAAAAAUGAGGAAGAUAUUGUUGAAGACCAUUUGAAGAUCCAUACUCAGAAUGAGAAGAACAUUACAAAUUUACCUGAUGAUGGCAGUGAAAUUAUUAAAUCUGCGGGUCAAUCUGCACCUUUGAAAAAUGGUGAAGAUAUGCUUGAAGAUCAACCGAAGAUUCAAAAUGAUAUAGCAAACAAAUCUAUACAUUUGUCUGAUGAAAACAGUGAAAGCAUGAAGACCGCUGAUGUUUUGAAAAGUGAUGAAGCUAUUAUUGAAGAUCAGUUGAAGAUACAGACUCAUAUUGAAAACAAUGCUUCACAUUUAUCUGAUAAAGACAGCGAAACAAUAAAUAUUGCUGGUCAAUCUGAAGCUUUGAAAAAUGAUGAAGAUAUUGUAUUACAAGAACAACAUAAAGAAAAUAUCGAAAAAUAUGUAGAAUCUUCUUCAAAAGAUAUAAAAACCGAGUCUAUUCAAAAUUCAGUAUUGGAAACAAGUUUAAACUCAAAAACAAUUGAAGAUCAAAAUAAGAAUCUGCUAGAUCAUGAUCAAGAAAUUGAAUCACAAUUGCAAGAACUUCAAAACCUUAAUGACGAUCUUCAUCCUGUUGAAAAUGCUCAUCAUGUAAUGUCUGCAGAUACCAAAAAUGACAAUAUUUCCCAACAUAAUGGUAAAAAUAAUAUGGAGGAUUCCUUUAACCAAUCAAAUGAGUUGAAGAUCACAAAUGAAACCAAAAAUAAUGAAGAUUCUACAAUUAAAAUUUCUAAGAACCCACCUACAGAAAUAUUGAACAGUUCUAAUAUUGCGGAAGAUGAAUUAUCUAAACUCAAUGCUUCUGCCAAUUCUAAGAUUUCUGAUUCAAAUCAAAUAGAGAAAAGUGAAGAUUAUUCAACUGAGAAAUGUCAAAAUACGCAUAAAGAAGAAGAAUGUAAUGUAAUCGAAGUUGAUAAAACAGAAUUAAAUGAUUUAUCGGAGGCAUCUAAAGAAACAAUUGAAGAAGAAGAUAAUCAAAUAUCAAAAGAAAAAGUUAUGCCAGAAGAAGAUAAAAAGCAUAAAGAGAAAUCAUUGAAAUCAGAUAGCCAAAGUGAAGAAGAUGUUGAUAAAAUUUUCAAAGAUAAUUCAAAAGAAGGAGAACUAGAAAUGAAGUUGGGUACUACUAAUAAUUUGGUAUCUUUGAAGGAAACCAAUGAAGGUGCCGAUGCUAAAGUAAGUCAAAAAGCUCCAAGUAUGCAUUCAAAUAUGGAAGAAACUGAAGAACUCAAAGAAGAUCAGACCACAUUAAGAAAGAAUUCAAAUGAAGAUACAAAUUUUAUCAAAGGCUUAAAUUAUAAAGAAAAAAUUUCUGACGCAAAUCUUGUAGAAAUAUCAAAAACAAUCACUGAAGAUCAUCAAAGUGACAUAAAAACAAAAGAAGAUCAUCAUCUUUCAGUAGAAAAUACUGGAAAUCAAAAGAAAAAUACUUUGAAAGGAGAAGAUCCUGACAAAGAAAGUCAUGAAAACGAAAAAGAAAAUACCAAGUUAUUUGAUAGUGAAGAUCUUCACGCUACACAGGAUCAAGAUAAAGCAUUGAAACUGACUGGCAAAGAUCAGACUUCAAAUGAAUGUACUUCUUUAGAUUUUAAUAUAGAAGAAAAUCGUAUAAAGACCUUAAAGGAAAAUGAAGCAGCAGAAAGAAGUAUUUUAGAAAAAGCAAAAUCGAAUGAAGGCAUUGCUUCAGAUAUUACAUCAGAAAAUAUUGAAGACUCGUUAAAUAAGAAGAUUUUGACUGGUAUUUUAAAUGAAACUAAUAUGCCCAUAAGCUCAGAAACUAAUGAAGAAACAAAUAAACAAAAUGAAGAUGUUCAAGAGAAAACUCUUGCUGAUAAAGAAGUUUCCUCAGAAAUGAAAGAAACAGAAGCAGAAAAUGACAAAGAAAUUGAAGAACCUAAACCAAGUUCUAAUAACUCUCCAAAUAAUACCGACCCAGAGAAAGAAAAUACUUUUCAAGGCACUUCUCCUUCAAAUGACAAUAUCUUCAACGAACCACAUUCACUGAAGAAACCUGAUAAUAUUGAUUCAAUUCCAUCAGCAUCACCGGAAAAUAUUGGUUGUGAUGGAAGUAGUGCUGAAACUUCAGCAGACUUUUCAAGUAUUGGAAAAGAUUUGGAAUUCUUUGAAGACACAAUUAAAUAUUUGAAGAAUGCUACAGAACAUUUAGGUGGAAUGGAAGAUGUCUUUGAUUCAAAAAAGGUUGAUUCUAGCAAUGUUUCGAAAGAUACAGAUAUAUUAAAUAAUUCAGCAGUAUUGAUUCAAAGUGCUUUUAGAGGCUAUCAGAUUCGAAGGGAAUUAAAAGAAUUGGAAAAGAUAAAUGAAUUUGAAAACGGUUCCCGAAAGAAACGUUCAUUAGAUCAAGAAGAAAGUAGUUCAGAUUCAAAUGAAGAGAAAAACGUUAAAGCAGCAAUAAAGAUUCAAAGUGCUUAUAGAGGUCACCGAGUCAGAAAAAAUCUUAAGGAAAAACCAAAUAAAGAAACAACAGAAAGUAUAGAAGAUCUUCAAUCACCAUCAAGACAUAUACUAGCAAGCAAUUCACUAAAAAGUCAGAUUCCGGUGGCAGUUAUUCAUCCUACAAAAUAUUCUAAUUCUUCAGAAGAAGAUAAAACAGAAAAAGUUGCAGGAAUAAGGAACACGACAACUUCAAGAAACUCCUUCAAUUCUAAUCAGAAGAAUUCUAAAACUUCACCACACAAAACAACUUCUUUGAAAAGACAAAAGCCAAUCCCUCAACAUCGCAGAAAAGUUCAAAAGAAGUCAAUGAACAAACAUUUGUAA